ACAUGGCGGAGGUCAGACUGAAAUUGAGUAAUGGGGCCUACAGAAUUCUUCAAAACACAUAUCAUCAGUUGCCUCUGAGGAUUGAGGGCAACCAAGCUAAAGGCGCAAUACAAGCCACAAGCUUGCUGACAGAAUAUCGGUCUGGCGAAGCUCAAAAUGACCAUGAUAAUACAGCCCGGCCCGGCAACUGGACACGGUUGCCGUCUCUCGGAAUUCCUGAGGAGACUUUAAGAACUGAGAACUCAAGGGUCCUCAUCAGACUCACCGACGGUGGAUUUAAGAUUGGAUUUUGCCACGAUCUUAUAUCAAAAUGCGGUGAGGGGAUAUUACAGUUUGGUUCUGCACGGAGGAAUAACUUGUCAGACAGUGAGGAUAUAAGAGUACUCGAUAGUGCUUCAAGGUGGUUUUAUCUCAGUUCACCACACCUGGCCGACACACAGGUCCAUGUUAUUGCCUCUAGAGCUUCAAGUUGGAUAAGAAACCGUCUCGUGACGGCCACCAUAACUCAAACCAGGCACGAGCAGAGAAGAUCUCUGUGUAUGGUGCGAUUUGCCAUCGGACAAUCGAGCUUUAGUUUGCGACAGUCUCAUGAGCAGUUAUUUGUGAGACCUUAUGGCAACGGCAACAUGUAUGAGCCCCUAUAUAAAAGCAGAACGGCAUAUUAUGAAAUCCUCGAAGUGUCGCCAACCGCCACGCAAGCUCAGAUCAAGACGGCUUACUACAAGCAGUCUUUCGUCUACCACCCAGAUAAGAAUGCAGGCAGUGAGGAGGCUACGAACCGCUUCUCCAACAUCAGCGAGGCUUACAACGUGUUGGGCAACAAGGGGCUGAGGAAGAAAUACGACCGAGGCAUUCUGAGUCAGGGAGACGUUACUGGAGCGAGCAAACCUUCCGCGAAGGACACCAAGAGCUCCUCAUCUCAGCCAACGAGGGAGGCACGCCAGACUUCCGCCUUGGGGAUAGACAGCAAGAACAUUUUCGACUUUGACAACUUCAUCAAAUCCCACUAUAAAUCCCAGCUCCUGAGAGAGGAGGAGCUGCGAGUUAGGAAGGAGGAGAUUAUGAGGAAGAAAGAGGCCAUCAAAGACCAGGAGAUGGGCAAGAUGAUGGAGAUGGCUGUGGGAGUGUUGGUCAUAAUAGCAGUGUCUAUUCUGGUCAACUUGAAACAGGGAGGAAAUUGAUUUUGCAAACUGACGCAGGACAAGCAUAGGAGGGUAUUCUUUUCAUCUACACUAUAUGAUUUAUAUGGGAAGCCUGAGUGCAAUGGUAAGGGACAUACCUUGUGCCAACUUGACACACCCUUGAUUGGUUUCCAUCUGUUCCAUUCUUGCUGUAUCCAGAUGUCCUAAUGAAAGCUGUUUAACCUAAGAAUAUAUGUUAAUAAUAAUACUGUAAUAGAUGUAAUAGAUGCUGAUGAUUGAGUGAUUACUGGUGCUUUGGGUUGAGCUGCUCCACAAUCACAAGACUGCACUGUACCACUUGUGUGUUUGCAUAUCUUUCACUAGAAAAGAUAAAUAUUUAUUUAAAAUGGAAAUUGUUGGAAGUUUGAUGUAGGAAGUGAUGCAGUGAGGAACCAAAGCAUAUUGGUUUAGGCCUAUAUUGCAGUUUUGAUUGAUUCUGCAGUGUUGAAUGAAUUGCAGAACGGUGCAAUGGUUAAUUAGGCUAACGUUCAAUAUGGUGCUAUGAUUCAACUUGGCUUUUAAAAAGUUGUGAAAAGUGAAUUUUAUGUCAUGAGCACAGUUUUAAGUGUGGGAAGUAAGCUGAUGAUACCUGGCUGCACAAGUUUGGACCUUGGCAUCAGAUAGCUCUUGAUCAUGACUCUCAGUUCCAUUACAUUACACAUAAGAGUCAUUGAAUGAAGGCGUCUUCUGUAAGGGAGUU